UCGGCUACUUUCGGUAAUCGUUGUAUCUUUCGGCAAUACCCGCGAGUAUUCAAAAUUAUAUUUUGAUUAAUGCGUAAAUGAUGAAAGUGCAUGAAAACAAAUGUAAUUUAUGUUUCAACAUCGUACAUUUUUUUGUUUUUAUUUGUAGAUUGUAAUAAAUUUCCCUUCUCUAUCAAAAUAUUUGUUUUUUAACUUAACAUUUCUAGUGAAUUUUGACUUGCUAUGUUUCUCAACAUGAUAACGUUGUAAUGGCAGUAGAAUAGUGGAAGGGAUAAAGCAACAGGCAAAUCGUGCUAGUUUUUAGUAAGAAAAAAUUUAUGAGCUCUCUUUUAUAGAUCGUUUAAUUUAAUAAUUGUUAUUCAAGAAUCGUGUAGUAUAAUUUUUUAUUAUGGCGGACGAAAGACUGCCCGAAGAGGUGACCAAAUGUAGUUUCAGAUUCAAAAUGUGGGAUUAUAUGAAAAAAAAUGGAUUAGUAAGCUUUCCACUUGAUAUUCAUAAUCGCAUUCCAAACUUUAAAGGUGCUACAAAGGCAGCUCAGCGUUUAACGGAGUUGGAAGAAUUUAAGAAAGCAAAAACUAUAGAAAUCAGUCCAGACAAACCACAAAAGCCAGUAAGAUAUUUAGCUCUGGUAGCUAAUAAAGAGAUACUUGUCCCUAUUCCAAGAUUACGUUCUGGUCUGUUUCUUCGCGUUACGUCUAUAGCUGGUGCAACCAAUGCAGAAUUGAAAACUCUUUCAACGAUAUAUGGCUUGAAACAAGUUGGUAAACCUAUUGGAGUUGAUUCAAAUGUAAAGGUAGAUUUAGUUGUAUUAGGUUCUGUGUGUGUCAGUCGAGAAGGGUACAGGCUUGGUAAAGGAGAGGGUUUUGCAGAUUUGGAAUUUGCAAUGAUGGUGCGAAUGGGUGCAAUAACACAAAAUACUAAGAUUAUUACAACUGUACAUGACUGUCAAAUAGUAGAUGAUCUUCCAUCCCAGUUGUUCAAAGAGCACGAUGUGCCUGUGGAUAUAAUAAUUACACCAACUCAAACAAUAAUAGUCCAAGAAAAAGUGAAAAAAUAUUCUGGCAUUAUAUGGGAAAUGCUUAGCCAAAGAAAACUUGCAACUAUGCCAGUGCUAAGACAGUUCAAAGAAAUGGAUGAGAAAGAAGGAAAGAUAGUAAUUCUAAAGGAAAUAGAUUCCGAUACGGAAACAGAACAAUAUUACAAAAAUCACACUAAACGUUUGAGGCAUAAAAAACGAUCCAAUUCGAAUCAAUUUCCGUUUAAGAAAGAAGAUUCUUCUCCUGAGGAAAAAGAUAGUAAGGGGAUAAAAGGAUCAUUUCCAAAAAAGAGAUAUUCUAGAAAGAUAAAAAAAGAAGAAAAUAUUGAUCCUUCUUUUAAAGACAAAGAGGGAAAAAAAGUAAUACUCGAAAAAAGUAAUGAACGCAGAAAAUAUGCUAACUCAAGACUGAAAUCAAAUAUUGACUUUUCGUUAAAAUUAUCGAAUAUCUCGUACAGUGUACGGGUACGCGAUUUAAAAAAUGCUUUAUUAGAACGUGGAGUUAAACCAAAUGAAAUAGUCUGGCAAGGUUAUCGUGGUAUUUGUUAUCUUCAUUUUAACAAACUCAAAGGUAAAAAUAUGUCGGCGGAUCUACCAGUUCAGGUAGAUUCCAUAGUAGCAAAUUUACAGCAGCUUCGUAUCGGCGAUUCGACAAAUAUAAUCGUGGAACCUGCGAAGCCAAUUUCAAGAAUUGAAGUAACAGAUGUCUCGGCUGUAUAAAUAAGACUUGGAAAUGUUUACUUUAUUAACAAAUAUUUUAUAAGUAAAUUUAUUUCGACGAGGACGACUGCCGUAUAUAAAGGAGAAAUCAUUUGAAAGACGUUAUAUAAGUUUAUAAAAGAAAGAAAGAAUAUUUUGCUUUCUAUCGCAAUAAUAAAACUCAGUUAUAUGCAAUAAUAACUAAAUCAGAAUUUAGAUUUAAAUUUGUUAUAUUGUUCUACGAAAGAAUAUUUUUCUAAUAUCUUUAAUUAACGAAAGGUGAUAAUAGGAAGAUGUUAAAGAUCCCUCGUACGAUUAUUAUACUGUGAUGACUUCAAAAUAUAUUAUUAGAUAUUAUUUGAUAAUUCGAUUGAAUUUAAUGGUAAAUUUCGAGUUAAAGAUUAUUAUAGGUCUGAAUCAGCUUUAUGUGAAAUAUAAAUACUUAAUGAUUUA